AUAUCAAAAAGCAGACACCGCGAGAAGGGUCGUGAUUUAUUAAAGUUUUUGUGCAAUAUAGUGUUUGAAAUUUAAUACGAUGUGGAGAUAAGUUAGUAAACAAACCAAUGCUACAUAAAUACGUAAGAGUAGUGAAAUUAAAGCCAGCUGCAUGCAUAACUUGACGUUGCGACGAAAAUAAAUCACAGCACAAAGCAAUUAGAAUGAAUAAUACGCGCGGCGCUGGAGGUGGCGGCGGCGGCAGUACGGCGCUAGACUUGGCGCCGCUGCUUGAUGGGAACAACAGUGAUGAACAGAGCGACAGUGAGAGUAAUUCAAAGGCCAAUGGCAAAACAUCCAGUGGAAGCUCCAAGGAGCUGCGCAGUCAACGCGAAGAGGCGGAAGCGGCUGUGUUUGUUAAGAAAGUGGGCAGCGCGCUGUUCUAUGGCAUCUCAUCGUUUAUGAUAACAGUGGUGAACAAGACGGUGCUCACGUCUUAUCACUUUCCAUCCUUUUUGUUCCUCAGCCUGGGCCAGCUGACGGCCAGCAUAGUGGUGCUGGGUGCCGGCAAGCGGCUUAAGCUAGUCAGCUAUCCUCCGCUGCAGCGGAGUACAUUUGCGAAAAUAUUUCCGUUGCCGUUGAUAUUUGGCUUCAAUAUGAUAUUUGGACUGGGCGGCACCAAAGCCUUAAGUCUGCCCAUGUUUGCAGCGCUGCGUCGCUUCUCUAUACUAAUGACUAUGCUGCUGGAGCUGAAGAUCCUUGGUGUCCGUCCCACUACAGCUGUGCAGAUAAGCGUGUAUGCCAUGAUUGGUGGCGCUUUGAUAGCUGCAUCGGAUGAUCUAAGCUUCAAUAUGCAGGGAUAUACUUAUGUGAUGAUCACUAAUGCCUUAACCGCCUCCAAUGGUGUGUUUGUGAAGAAAAAACUGGACACAUCAGAGAUUGGCAAAUAUGGACUUAUGUUCUAUAAUUCGUUGUUUAUGUUUUUGCCCGCGCUGCUGCUCAACUAUGUGACGGGUGAUCUGGAUGCGGCGCUCAACUUUGAAAGCUGGAAUAAUCCCUCGUUUGUGGUGCAGUUCCUGCUUAGCUGCGUCAUGGGCUUCAUACUCUCCUAUAGCACCAUACUGUGCACGCAGUUCAACUCGGCGCUGACCACCACCAUUGUGGGUUGCCUUAAGAACAUAUGUGUCACCUACUUGGGCAUGUUCAUUGGCGGCGACUAUGUCUUCUCCUGGCUCAACUGCAUCGGCAUCAACAUCAGCGUGCUGGCCAGUCUGCUCUACACAUAUGUUACAUUCCGGCGGAAGCAGGCGCCUGAUAAGCAAACCCAUUUGCCUAACACACGCGGCGAGAACGUGUAAUGCGCCUUAGCUAGAAAAUAGAGUAUGAGAGACAUCACCAAAGCCAUAAAUGUUUUAUGUUCCACUAGUGAAUCGAGAGACAGUGAGAGAGUAAGAGAGCGAGAGAGAGAGCGGAAGUAAAC